AUGCUCCACGCCGUCCGAAAGGGCUCCGACGCCCAAAACGACGGCGGCGUCUACACGUCGGCGGCCGGCAAUGUCUCACUCGCCCGCGGCGACGGCAAGGUGCACCUGCUCCUCGCGGCCUCGGGCUCUGUCGCGACCAUCAAGAUCCCGCAGAUCAUCAACGGGCUCGCCUCGCACAGCAACCUCUCCAUCCGUCUCGUCCUCACCUCGUCGGCCGAGCACUUCCUGGCGGGGCAGUCGCCUGAGCAGCCCACGCUCGCCGAGGUGCGCCGGUUGCCCAACGUCGACGGCAUCUACACCGACGCGGCCGAGUGGACGCGGCCGUGGACCCGCGGUGCACCCAUCCUGCACGUCGAGCUGCGCCGCUGGGCCGAUGUUAUGGUCGUGAGCCCGCUGAGCGCAAACACCAUGGCCAAGAUGGUCGCCGGCCUCUGCGAUAACCUGCUCCUGUCCGUGUUCCGCGCCUGGGACGCCGACGGGUCCAUCGACGGUGUCAAGAAGAAGAUUGUUGUGGCGCCUGCCAUGAACACGGCCAUGUGGCGGAACCCUGUCACUGCCAAGCAUGUUCGCACGCUCGAGGAGGACUGGGGCGGUGUCGACGGCUGGGUCGAGGUGCUGCGGCCCAUCUCAAAGGGCCUCGCCUGCAAGGACGUCGGCGACGGCGCCAUGGUCGAGUGGGAGGAGAUUGUGGCCGUCGUCGAGGCGAAGCUGGGGCUGCAACGGGUCGAGAUGAGAGGCUGA